AUGGGACUCCAGCUCAAUGAUCUAACCCCAUGUCUCCAGCCUGUCUAUGGUUUCUCUGGUCAAAGAGUCGCACCUCUAGGACAAAUUCAUUUACCCUUAACUGUUGGACAAGCUCCGACAAGCAUGACUAUCAUGGCACACCUCCUGAUAUUAGAUGUUCCUUCAGCUUUCAAUGUAAUGCUAGGCCGGCCGGCCUGGUAUGACUUAAAGGUUGUCACAUUAAUAUUCCACUCGUGCUUGAAGUUUCUAGCAAAGAAUGGGGUAGGGUGUCUUAGAGGAAACCAGCAGUCUGCUCGGAAAUAUAUGGUUGGAAUUGAUCCUUCCAUCAUUUCACAUGUUCUGAAUAUUGACCCAAACUUCCGGCCAGUACAACAAAAGCAAAGGCUACUGGACAAAGAACGAGCAUUAGCCCUAAAGGAAGAAGUAGAAAAGCUACGCAACAACAAUUUUAUAAUUGAAGCUUUCUACCCAGCUUGGGUCGCAAAUCCCAUAUUGGUGCCCAAGCCAAAAAAGAAAUGGUGA